AUGAAGACCAUUGCCAUUCUCGCGCUUGCCUCGUCGGCUGCAGCAUUUGCCGCGGGGGAUAUCGACCUGAACGAAACCACCGCCAGUGUGUUGCGAGGCCCCGACAGAAAGCUCCUCACCAACGCCCAAGUCCAAGCGAUCCACAACGACGCGGACGUCAACCGCCAGUGCCACAGGGCCAACGGCGGGUACCUCCAGACGUUGGAACGUGGUAAGUACGCGGCCAGCAUAUUCCACAAUUGUUUCCGCACGUCGGAGCAAAUCUUCGAUUAUGUCGAUGAGUUGGUGGCGCAGAACCCAGCUUUGUUGAAAAAAGAAAAGAUUUCGUGCACCGUCCGAGGCAAGCCUAUCUACGCGUACAAACUGAUCAGCGGCAGGUCCAAGGAGAAGUCGUUGUACUUCCAAAGUCUGGCCCACGCCCGGGAAUGGAUCGCGGGGUCGUCCAACUUGUAUGCGUUGUCUUCAAUCCUGGAUGACAUUGCCAACGGGAAAACGACGGCGGCGGACAAGUUCAACUUGUACUUUGUGCCGAUCGUCAACAUUGACGGGUACGACAUCUCGUGGACGAACGGCAAGCGGUUGCAGCGCAAGAAUGCCAACGAAGUCGACCUGAACCGCAACUGGUUGCAGUUCACCACGAACCCCAACAAAAACCCCAAACCCUCGGACGAAACUUACCCUGGCCCGCGUCCGGCGAGCGAGCCAGAAACUCAGGGGAUUGCGAAGUGGCUCCAUGCCAAGAACUCUGAAAUCUCCGGCUGGGUGGACGUGCAUUCCUUCUUGGGGGCGAUAUUGUACCCUUAUGGCGACACGGAGGAGCCCAUCGGCAACAGCGACGACGCCAAGUUUCAACGGCUCGGCCGUAACGUAGCUGCCGCAGCCGGUCGUAACUACAGGGGCCAAACGGCGGGUUCCCUCUCAGUUGCGUACGGGGCGUUCGACGACUACCUCUACCGCACGUACAAGAAGCCCGUGGUGACCGUCGAAGUGGCUGGUUCUCACUUUGUCGCCCAUGUGUCGACCAUCCGUACCCGCGGCGAGGAAAUCUACAGAGCGUUGACUCAAUUUGCCAAAGAAGUCUUGAUUUUCGAGGGCAACAGCGGUGGCAACAUCGGUGGCAACAUCGGUGGCAACUUCGGUGGCAACGGUGGUGGGCUUGUCUUUCCUAAAGAUUGA